AUGUCAAACGUUAGUUUACAGAUUAGACAAGCUGUUCCUGCUAUUGAUUCGGUAGUGGCUGAUUAUGCUGUUGGGUACAUUCAGCAUGUAUCGGAUGCUACCGAAGAUAGUGUUCGUGCUCAAAGAAUCAAUAUCUCCGAUGAAAUGGCUUUUUUAAAUAGCUUAUUGAUUUCAGCUGGUGGUCCAUCUGACAAAGUCAAAACGUUAACUGAUUCCAUUACAGAGCAGUUGAGUGAGAAAUUGAAAAAGAAUAUGGAGAAAUUGGCCAUUACUGGUGACACUUCAAAGCGUUUACUUGAUAUUAAUGUGUUGCAAAAUAACACCAAAAGAGAUAUUAAUACAUCACUUGCUUUGUUAUCAGCAAGUAAUGAUAUUGAACACACUGGUAGAGUAAUGGAAAGUAGAGUUGAUAAAAAGAAGUUGGAGAAACAAGAAAGGAAAAUUGCUAAAAAAGUGGCUAAACGUAAUAACAAAUUUGUCAAGUAUGAAGCAUCGAAGUUAUUAAAUGAAAAACAAGAACAAGACUAUGAUUCAUUUUUUCUUGAAAUUAAUCCACUUGAUUUUGGUUCCAGUGCUGGUAAAUCCAAAGAUAUCAAAAUUGACAACAUUGAUUUAUAUGUUGGUGAUGGUCAAAGAAUCUUGAGUGAAGCUUCAUUAACUUUAGCUUAUGGAAGAAGAUAUGGUUUAGUUGGUCAAAAUGGUAUUGGUAAAUCUACUUUAUUGAGAGCCUUGUCGAGAAGAGAAUUGAAUGUUCCUAAACACAUUACCAUUUUACAUGUUGAGCAAGAAAUUAGGGGUGAUGAUACUCCUGCCUUGCAAAGUGUCUUGGAUGCUGAUGUUUGGAGAAAGAGUCUAUUACAAGAGGAACUGAAGAUUAAUGAAAGAAUCAAUGAGAUUGAGAACUUGAGAAAAGAAUUUGAUGAGGAGUCAUUGGAAGUGAAGAAGCUUGAUAAUGAGCGUGACGAUUUGGAAAACCACUUACAAGAAAUUAGUGAAAAAUUGAAUGAAAUGGAAUCCGAUAAAGCUGAAAGUAAAGCAGCUGGUAUUCUUUAUGGAUUGGGUUUCACUAAGGAAACCCAAAAUGUUCCAACAAAACAAUUUUCAGGUGGUUGGAGAAUGAGAUUAUCCUUGGCAAGAGCUUUGUUUUGUCAACCUGAUUUAUUGUUAUUGGAUGAACCUUCCAAUAUGUUGGAUGUUCCAUCCAUUACCUUCUUGGCUAAUUACUUACAAACUUAUAAAUCAACAGUACUUGUCGUCUCACACGAUCGUGCAUUUCUUAAUGAAGUGGCUACCGAUAUCAUUCACCAACAUUCAGAAAGAUUAGAUUAUUAUAGAGGUGCCAACUUUGAUUCCUUCUAUGCCACAAGAGAAGAAAGAAUUAAGAAUCAACGUCGUGAAUACGAAAGUCAAAUGGCCUAUAGACAACAUUUACAAGAAUUUAUUGACAAGUUUAGAUACAAUGCCGCUAAAUCGCAAGAAGCACAAUCACGUAUCAAGAAGUUGGAAAAAUUACCAGUAUUGGAACCUCCUGAAGAUGAUAAAGUUGUCACUUUUAAAUUUGCUGAACCUGAUAGUAUUUCACCACCUAUUUUACAAAUGCAAGAUGUUAGUUUUGGUUAUGAUCCAACGAAAUUACUUUUCAAAAAUGUCAAUUUGGAUGUUCAAAUGGAUUCAAGAAUUGCAUUUUGUGGUGGUAAUGGUACAGGUAAAACAACACUUUUAAAACUUAUUAUGGAACAAAUUACUCCUUUGGAAGGAUAUAUUAAUAAAAAUGGUCGUUUGAGAAUUGGAUAUUUUGCUCAACAUCAUGUUGAUGCUAUGGACCUAUCACUUUCGGCAGUUUCUUGGAUGAGUCAAACAUUCCCUGGUAAAACCGAUGAAGAAUAUAGACGUCAUUUAGGUUCAUUUGGUAUUACUGGUCCCUUGGGUUUACAAAAGAUGCAAUUGUUGUCUGGUGGUCAAAAAUCAAGAGUUGCAUUUGCGGCAUUAUGUUUAAAUCAGCCACAUAUUUUAAUCCUAGACGAACCUUCAAAUCACCUUGAUACUCAAGGUUUGGAUGCGCUUGCCGAAGCAAUGAGGAAUUUCAAAGGUGGUAUAUUGAUGGUUUCUCAUGAUGUUGCGAUAAUUGAUAAAGUUUGUAAUGAAAUUUGGGUGGCAGAAAAUGAUACUAUUUCGAAGUUUCCUGGUAAUAUUCAUGAUUAUAAGAAACAUAUUCUUGAAUCGGCUAACAUUGCUGGUGUUGUGAAGAGACAUUGA